CAGAACGUACUCGUGUUAGAUGGGUGGAUCGCCAAAAAAAGACCUACUAACUUGACAAUGAUAGGACUACCACCGCAUCAGCUUUCCGAUUGUCGAGGAAAAAGCUGUUGGUAAGUUAUGACUUACAACAUCGUGCUCGAAGGAUUCCUUGAUUGAUGUUGACUUCGCCAUCCUUUGGAAAUCCGAAAUCGCUAGACUUGUCAACAAGGUAUUUAAUCUCAUGCAGCCUCCUAAAUCAAUUUCACCACAGACCCCCCCGUCCUCAAAAGUCGCUUGCAUUGCUUUUCUCCUCACUGUUCCAGAUGACCAGGAGUCUUGCAACCGGCAAGAUGACGGAAAGACUACCCAUGGCCGAAGUCCCGACCGGUCACUCCAUCGAGUCCAUCCCGCAACUUCAACAAGAUAUGAAUCACACUGCAUUUAGCAAAGACAACAACACGGCAGAGAGACAAUCCCCUCCCCAGAUGGCGUCCAUCCGGGGCAACCAAGCGGCACACCGUCAGGCUCCUCUUCACCCGAACGACGUGGAAUUUCUUUCCUGGCUCCAACAUCUUCUACUGGUCGCACCAUUACUCAUCGCUUUCCUCUACUUCGCAUUUUCCGAACCCGAAACACCACGUGAGUAUAGGAACAGAUCCGCAGUCUUCAUCGCCCUUGUCGGUGGCUUCUGUGCAAAUGCACUAGAUUUUGCCAGUCAGCGGGGGUUCGAACAGCCGCAGGCCCAUCCCACGUUUGAUAAGUGGUCAAAGGAAAUGGCCAGGAUAUCAGCAAAUUAUGUUCUUGCUAUUAUGUACAUGGAGGCCUAUUAUUGGCUAUAUGAGGGUCCAGAAGGGCACGGUGAGCCACUUGCCGGGGCAAACGGCGCUGCCUGGAUGAAUAGGACUGUCUGGGCAAAUGGCACUGUCGGUGUGCAGGCGCCGAUUGGCUUCAAGUCGACAUAGAUGUAACACAGCGAUUCCGAUGAGCUGCUGUAAGGGCAAGGCCUGUUUCGAAGCCGCCGAGAACUGGAGUUGUACCCUGGUUUAUCCUCCGUAAUAUGGUACCAAUUCUGCUAGGAACAAGUUUGAUGUGUUUCCCCUACAGGAUGAGUCUUCUUAGGGCUCAGGCUCCUUUACUUCAACCUCGGUCCCUACCCUUUGCGCAUUCCGCUGAAUGAGACC